AUGGCGACUCUUAAAGAUAAAGUCAUUGCUGUGAGCGGAGCUGGAGGAGGUAUCGGUGCUGCCACGGCCCAUGUUCUUGCUCAUCGUGGAGCAAAACUGUCGUUGGCCGAUACUGAUGCAUCUGCAUUACAGCAACUCUCUCAUGAAAUCUCCACCAUGUAUAAGACCGAGGUGCUCACAACGACUGUCGAUGUAGCAAAUUCUGAUCAGGUAGAUCAAUGGAUCGCAUCAACUGUCAAGCACUUCUCCAAGCUCUCUGGAGGUGUCAACCUGGCUGGAAUAGUCGGAAAGGAAUUCGGGAGAAAGGCGGCACAUGAGGUCUCCGAUCACGACUUCGAUCUAGUCAUGAGAAUCAACGUGAAGGGUGUCAUGGCCUGUCAACGAGCACAGUUACAAAACAUUGAAGACGGAGGGUCUAUUGUGAACGCCGCCAGUGUCUCGGGCAAGAUGGGCAUACCUCAGGCGUUGGCAUAUGCUGCGAGUAAGCACGCCGUCAUUGGACUCACCAGAGUUGCUGCGGUCGAAAAUGGCCAUCGUGGAGUAAGAGUGAAUGCUAUUGCCCCAGGGAGUAUCGAUACCAGGAUGCUGGAUGCCGCUCGGGAAGUCCACAUAGGCGAUGGAGAUCACAAGUCACCAAUAAACAGGGCCGGCAAGGCAGAAGAAGUGGGAGCUUUGAUCGCAUUCUUGCUGAGUGAUGAAGCAACAUUCACAACUGGAGCAGUCUAUACAAUCGACGGUGGACUUACUCCUUGA